AUGUCCGAUUACGAAGAUGAGAUGGACGUCGACGUCCCCGUGUCCAAGGACAUCACCUUUUCCUCCGAUGCCAAGCAGGGCAAGCGCAGUGCCGCCAACCUCCCGGUCGAGGCAGAGGACAGCUUGCCAUGGGUCGAGAAAUACCGACCUGUGAGCCUCGCCGAUGUUUCGGGCCACCAAGACAUCCUCGUGACAAUAAACAAGUUCGUCGACUCCAACCGCCUCCCCCACCUUCUACUCUACGGGCCCCCAGGCACGGGCAAAACAUCAACGAUCCUUGCUCUCGCGCGACGCAUCUAUGGCGCGGAGAACAUGCGGCAGAUGGUCCUUGAGCUCAACGCUUCGGAUGACCGCGGCAUCGAUGUCGUGCGCGAGCAGAUCAAGACGUUCGCAUCGACGAAACAAAUCUUCACCCUUGGUCCAUCGGCGAAGUCGGGCGGUGGCGGCGGAGGUAUGGCGUCCUAUAAGCUUAUCAUUCUCGACGAGGCCGACGCCAUGACCAAUACGGCGCAAAUGGCACUGCGCCGGAUCAUGGAAAAGUACACAGUCAACACGCGGUUCUGCAUCAUCGCCAACUAUUCACACAAACUCUCGCCUGCUCUGCUGUCUAGAUGCACACGCUUCCGCUUCAGCCCGCUCAAGGAGCGAGACAUUAGGGUACUUGUGGACAAGGUCAUCGAGGAGGAGCAUGUCAAGAUCAUGCCCGAGGCGACGGAGGCGCUCGUGAAGCUCAGCAAGGGCGAUAUGAGAAGGGCGCUCAACGUGCUUCAGGCAUGCCAUGCGUCGAGUACGCCCCUCCAACCCAAAAACGCCCCCAAGGUGGCCGAAGGCGACAUCGUCAGGGAAAUGAUUUCGACCGAGACGAUAUACAACUGCAUCGCGGCCCCGCAACCCGACGCGAUCCAGGAGAUCUUGGACGUUCUUCUGAGCACAACGGACGUAACGUCCUGCCUGACGACCAUCAACACACUCAAGGUGGCGCGGGGUCUUGCGUUGGCGGACAUCAUCACGGCGCUGGCCGAGCAGCUGGCCACGUUGGAGGUCAAGCCGGAGAUCAUGAUCAAGUGGUUGGAUGGGCUCGCGGACAUUGAGCACCGAGUGGCGAGCGGUGGUAGCGAGACAGUGCAGACCGGCGCCGUUGUGGGCGUCAUUCGCAGCGGGGCCGAGUUGAUGAGCAAAUAG